CACAUUUUCAUUUUGCACAAAAAACAAGACACAGUAAAUCCAGUGAAUGGGCGUCAGGUAAUUCAGUGACUUCAGCCUUGGUUGGGAUGUGUUUAACAGCUCUCACAAAAGGCAAUCAUGAGUUCAGAAAGCGCUUUAAUUCCAUCCGCUGCCGAUGCUAACAGCAGCGGCAGUGUAGUCGCCCCGACAGUCAUCUCCCAACAACCAGCAAGUAGCUCCAGUAGCCUUGGUUCAUCAUGCAGUCCCCGCCAGCUUAACAACGGCCCCGGGGACCUGCCCAGUGAGUUGAUGUGCAGACCCCUUGGUGUGGUUGUCUUGACUGGACUGGAUGCUACUUAUAAUGCUGUACAUCGGGCUAUCUGGGACUCGUUCAGUGCUAAUCGACGCCCGGACAGAGUGCCAUUGUAUUUUAAGGCACUACCUGCUGAUCAUGAAUAUCCUAAAUGCAGAUCAAAGCAAAGGACGUCUUAUGAGUGGUACAUUCCUAAGGGGAUCAUUAAGGGCAGCUGGAUGAAGAAACAUCUUCAAGAGGUCCCUGCUCUGGUGGUCGUCUUCUUUGAUCUGGACUGGGAUGAACCGAUGUGGGAGGAACGCCAGAUGGAGUGUGCUACUAGAGUAGAAGUCGUCAGAACUAGCCUGCAUGGCCGAGGCACACGUGUUGCGGUCGUUCUUAUUCAAAAGAAUGCUCCACUACCACCAGGUGAGGAUGGGAAAACAGCUGAAAGGCCAGCUGCUCUGUGUGCUGCCUGUGAGCUCUCAGCUAAGUCACUAUUUGUUCUACCAUGUGUUGAUCACUUGUUGGGAUACACCAUAAGACUUGAGAAUGCAUUCUACGAGUUGACUCAAGGCUAUUACUACACAGAGGCAAGGAGAGUCAAGGCACAUCGGGAAUUCCUCAACAGAACCACCCAUCAGUUAUUGUUUGUGCGACACGCCUUCAAGUUUGCUUUCUUCAGUGAGCUGAAACAGGACACCCAUGGAGCACUCAAACAAUACAAGGUAGCCUACACACAUCUGACUGAGCUAAGAGCACACGAUACCAACAUGUUAGAAAUCAAGACCAUUGCUGGAUUCAUCAACUACAAGGUGUGUCGUCUGUGCUUCUUUCAUAAUACACCGUUGGAUGCCAUCAGCCAGUUCCGUAAGCAUGUAGAUCUCUUCAAGAACAAAGUGGGAUGUGCUGAGCUGGCGUUUGAGCACUCAGCAUGGAUGUCCAAACAGUUCAGUAUAUUUGGUGAGUUAUUUGAGGAGGCAAUCAAGCUUGGAUUGACAGCUAUUCAGACCCAGCAUCCAGGUUUCUAUUAUCAGGUGGCGGCUAAUCAUGCUAUAGCUAGGAAACAACUCUGCAGGGGAUUAUGUCAUGCAGCUACCGCCAUGCCUUCAUCCAAUCCUCUAGAGGAUAGUGAGAAUCUAGAGUUCUAUGGUCAGCGACCUUGGAGACAAGGUCAUCAGAGUAUUGACCCACCAGACCCUCAGAUGGAGAAAGAAGGAAUCCUAGCCUUGCAGUUUCUGGAAUCGCAAGUAGAUCAUUCCUGGAUCAUCAUUCCGUUGUUGAGCAGUGCUGUGGCGCAGUUCAAGAAGUACAAAUCUGCCCGCAUGAAACGCUCUCUCAUGGUCCAGAUGGGAGAGGAGUACUACCAUGCUAAGGAUUACAGCAAGGCACUUACGUUGCUUGGUCGUGUGACAUGGGACUACAGACUGGAAAGAUGGUGGCCACUCCUUACAUCAAUACUUGGUACUUCACUCAGAUGUGCGUAUCUUGUGGCAAGCAUAGAGGAAUAUGUCACAAUAUGUCUGGAAAUUCUUGGAAGAUUUUCACAAAGUAUUCCAGAAGAGAGAACUCGUGUGCAGAUGAACCUAAUCAGAGUCUUAUCGAACAAUCCACCAGAGCCGGAGCACGGUUGUGCUUCCGAUGCCGUUGAGCAGGCUCGCCAGCUCUGGAAGACCAAAUGUAACCCCCAGAAUACACCAACAGUCUUUAAGGUGGAGAUGCGGAACCUGGUGCCGUUUGUAGAGUGUAAGGCCAGGUUCUCUAGCCUCAAAUGCACUGCUGAUGAACUGAUUACGCUGGAAGUGUGCUUGAGGUCCUCCUGCCAGUUCCCCAUCCAGUUCUCCAAGCUCACCCUCCAGCUGAGUAACCCAGCCUACAACGCCCAGUGCGUUGUGACGGAUGGUCGCCCGUUAGCCUCUCCAGAGGGCGUGCCUGCUAUCGCCACGCCCGAAGCCCAGGGUGAUUUGUACCUCAUGCCAGGACAGGUCAAGAUGCAUCAGUUUCAGUUUGCCGUCUUGCCCGAGGAUGUCGGACGGAAACUAGAGAUCUCCUCAGUGUGUCUAUCCCUUGGUGAUGAGGUCAACGCACGCUGUGCCGUACUCUACUGGCAAGGGGGCGGAGCUGACGCUGCCUCCCUCAUGAAUAUUCAAGAGGUCGUGACCCUGACCCGAGGUCAACCCUCACCGGACCGACUGGUAUGGGAUAGGAUUUCAAUUCAGCAAAGCAUAAGCAUUCUCCCACGCCCUGCACACAUCAGCAUCAAGUUGGAGCAUCAGCCACCAUGUCUAGUCAAUGAAUAUUACUGCAUUAAGUUGACUAUCACCAACAAUGAGGAGGAACCUAUAACACAACCCACCAUGUCAAUCGGAUUACAAGAAGGACAGGAUGGAGGAUUGGAGAAGACGACGGAAGUUAGUCUUAAUCCAGAAUCUUUCUUGAAGGAGUCUUGCCCUUCGAGACUGAAGAACAUACCUUUAGGUACCAUGAAGCAAUCCAACAAGGUAGAGAAGUUGGUAUAUAUUCACUGCACCCAGCUAGGCAGUCGUGUGAUCAGUGUACGUGUCGUAUACAACGUAGAAGUGAAGAUAUCCAGCAACAGCGCUCUACCACCGGUAUCCUGCACCUGCUAUGAGGAACAGUCAGUCUCAAUGCACACCAUCUUACCUUUUAAUGUCUCAAUACACCUGUCUUCUCUCAAGUUUGAGGCGAUUGAUCAUGUAUCUGGAGGUACACCAUUCCUCCUAAUGACAGACAUCAAAUGUACAUCACCCUGGCCUAUCAUGAUCUCAAACACUACGCUCCAAUUGUCUGGUGAUGUUAGGCCGACUGACACAAUUGAAUCCCAAGUUAGUGACGUUUGUCUGAAGAAUGAGGAGCAUGCCAGUGAGUGUGUUUGUGUCCAGGCAGCUGGCCAUGCAGAGACUGGGCUCAUCAACCUUGGAAGCUGCGUACUAGAAUGGAAAAGGAACUCCCAAGAUGAGAGCCUUCCGUUUGUCAAGACAACGUUACCCCUCCCAGAAGUGAGCAUCCAGCCCCUACCUCUGUCCAUAGAGACAGAGAUCCCAGCCUUCGGGGUGGUCCGAUCACCACUGCUAGUCAAGUUUACUAUUACGAACGAUACAUCCAUCGUGCAGACGAUCGAGGGUAGUAUACAAGCCAGUGAGGCUUUCAUGUACUCUGGGCACAAACAGAUAUUCUUUAGGAUUCUUCCCUCUUCUAGCCAGUCACUCUCCUACAACCUACACCCCUUGAUGUCUGGGUAUGUGCAGCUACCCGAACUACAGCUAAAUAUCCCCCAUGCUCCUAGCAUGACCAAGCCUGUAGUUGCUGCAAUGUUGCCCUCGCACAUCUACAUCAAGCCCCAGGGGAAGAAAGUGGUAUCGACUUGAUUGACCAUCAGUUGCCUUUAGCUGGAUGAGAACAUCGUAUUAUCCAAAUAUCAGCACUUGUGCAGUACAAGCUGUGACCCAGAAGUGUUUAGGGUGUGAAAGAAUCAAGCAGGUAUAGAUUCGGUAUGUUGGGCACGACCAAAACACAGUUUCAUAGAGUGUUACCCAUGGUGUGCCCAUAAACAGUGUGGGUUGCAGGCAUGUGAGACUUCCUCUUUUCAGCUGAUUUCCUCUGUUUUGGUUUUGACUUUCCUCUUUUUUUUCUUCAC